AUGACGGCAGUGCUAGAUCCGAAUGCAGAUUCUACUUUACCAACCCAUGAUCUCCCAAAUACAAAUCAAAAUAAAGUUAUUCUGCCGAGUAGCCUGACGUCAACUUCAAUUACCCCAACAAUUGAACCGCAAAUUCCACUAAAUUUGGUUCCACCAUUAAACUUCUCUCUUGUCGAAGACGGGAUCUACCGAUGUGGGUUCCCCAUGCCGAUAAAUUAUCCAUUCUUACAACAAUUAAAUCUCAAGACCAUAAUCUACCUCGGCGACCUCGGGCACGAGCCAACUGAACCCAAAAAGGAGAAGGAUAAAAGGAAAGGAAAUGAAAAGGAGGAACCAAAAGAGAAGGAAAAGGAAAAGGAAAAGGAAAAGGAAAAGGAAAAAGAUAAGAAGAAAAAGAAAAAGGACAAGGAUGGUUCAGUUGAAAUUUUGAACCAGUAUGUCGAUUGGAUUAAAGAUCAAGGCUCGAUAACAUUUCAUAACUUGCUUGUUGAAAGUCUGAAGGAACCAUUCAAUAAGAUGGAAGAGCACGAACAAACUUUGCGCAGCUUGACCACUGCCCUCACAUUGAUUUUGGAUCGGUCAAACUACCCAAUUCUAAUACACUCAAAUAAGGGAAAACAUAGAACGGGUUUGCUAGUUGGGUUGAUGAGAAAGUUGCUACAAGGAUGGUGCCUAAGUGGAAUCUUUGAAGAGUACGAGAAGUUUGCAUUGGGAAAGUUUGAAUAUGACUUGGAACUAAUCGAGAUUUGGCAACCGGAGCUAUGGGUUAAUGACGAUAAUAAGCCAAAUUUUGUACGAAUAUGA